AUGUCAGAUUUCUCCUCGAAGAACGCGCUGCCAGCUCCGCCCAAAGCUGCCGGGCUCGGUGAUCUCGUCAGCGCUCUGUCAUCAUUCUACAAGUUUGCCAAGUACUUCUACAACAAGGAUACUAAGCGAUUUAUUGGUGCUGCGCGUGACUUCAUCAUCGCUAACGCUGACAAGGCCCCAUCUGACGCCGCGACGGCUCGCCUCCUGACGCACUGGGUGAAUAUCAAAUUCGGCAAGUUCCGCAGCCGUCUUGUAUCGAAAGGGCUGAAGUCAGCUCUUCGCGUUCGCAAGCAGUUCCGCCGCAAUGACGACCAAUUGGUGGCCCUCAAGGAAUCUUACCCGGUCUGGACAACCACGAAAACCCGUAUCCCGAACAAUGUGCUUACCUCGCUCCCAAAACGUGAGGACGGUCGUCGCCUGUGUCUUCGAUUUGUGUCCAAAGCAGGCUCCAAUCUCCCGGACUGCCCCCGACCCCAUUUCAAACCCCAAGCGCUGUCUGACGAGGCUAAGGCCGUAGUGAAUCAACGCUGGAACGGCCUCUUGACAGAGUGCAAGGAUUUAUGA